UCUAUCCUCCUUCGACCUGCGAGCGACGGAAGGCAGUUGGGAUCGCGAACCGUAAUCAUCAUCGUCAUCAUCGUUCUCAUCACUUUCCUUAUAACCUUCCCUCUUCGGCGUCUUUCCCUCAAUUCCUGAUUUUCCUUUAGCGUCGUCAGCAAGCAAAAGCUCCUCCAAUUACCUCCUCGUCUUCUGCAAUCUCUCCGCCUUCCUUUUCUCGCGAGGAUAUCCUGUCUGGUACUGUUGUAGCUGUGGCAGCUGCGAAGAACUAAACCCACGAUAGAACAAGCUUCUUCCUUUUUCUUGUUUUAUGCCAUCGAAUUGAUUCCUAGCUACUAAGGCCCCGGCUAGGAGUGGAUCGUGCUUCGGGUUGUGGAGGGAGGCGGCGACAAUGGCGAAUUUGUAUGUGAAGGCGGUGCCGCCGGCGGAUCUGAACAGGAACACCGAGUGGUUCAUGUACCCGGGAGUGUGGACCUCCUACAUUAUCAUCCUCUUCUUCUUUUGGCUCCUCGUCCUCUCCCUCACCUCCUGCUCACCCGGCAUGGCCUGGACCGUCGUCAACCUCUCCCACUUCCUCGUCACCUACCACUUCUUCCAUUGGAAGAAAGGAACACCUUUCUCAGAAGAUCAAGGAAUGUACAAUGGCCUGACAUGGUGGGAGCAAAUGGACAAUGGGAAACAGCUCACCCGGAACAGAAAGUUUCUUACUGUUGUACCAGUGGUGCUUUACUUGAUGGCAUCUCACACGACCGACUACCAGAAUCCUAUGCUCUUGUUGAACACACUUGCUGUGAUAGUGCUAGUUGUUGCCAAAUUUCCUAAUAUGCACAAGGUCCGAAUCUUUGGAAUCAAUGCAGACAAAUGAUUGGACUCGCAAGGAACUUUGAGACUAAGAUCUAAUGAGAGAUGAGCUGUUGUUCUGCUUCAUCUCUGUGUAGAAGUCCGAUUGGACUAUGCUCGGAAUAGCGUUGUCUUGCUGGACUUCUUUUGCAACCUCUGUCAUAUAAGUGUAGCAGUUUACUUAUGUACAGCAAAGAAACUCCAUCAUCCAGAUAACAGAGCAAGCAGUUGUUGCGUCUGUCAGUUUAUAGUGUAUAUUGUUCUUGUAGUACAUCCGUUGCUUUUUAUUAUGGUUAA